GCAACCUUUUCUUUAUUAGUUGCCAUGCGUUUGCUGCUACGUUGUAUUAGCGGACUAGAACGCCUGCUGGAGAAAGAAGUUUUGUCAAUACUCGGCCGAGGACGACCUUUUGUGACUGAGAGGCCCUUCUCGUGUGCCGUGACCGUAUCGGGUAGCCUCUGCCCUCGAGACGUAUAUAGAUUGCAUUAUACAUCGCGGUUAGUCACUCAUAUAUGGCGAGAGAUUGGGAGUGUACAUCUCAACCAUGGGUUCUAUGACGAUGCUCUUCACUCCUUUCUAGAGAAUAUCGACUACCCUCCCUCCCUGAGGGGCAAUAUGGUGGCGAUCUCCAUCCGCAACUCAGCGAGGCGGGAGGAUUUCUACGCUAUCGAUGAUAUACCAAGACGAUGGGCUGACAUUCUUACGAGGCGAUAUGAUGCUCGAGUCCAAUGGGAUGAUUAUCAAGUACGUCUAUUGCUACUGGCAGACAAAGGAGGCUUCUUCCGCGUUUAUGCUGGUGAUGGCGACAAGAGCCUCCACAUUCGAGGACUGCGUAGAAAACAAGGCGUAGCACCAAUGAACGAAACUCUCGCUGCUGCGAUGGUUUCGCUCGCCUCUGCGGGCAAGUGGCCCGUUAUUGAUCCUUUCUGUGGAUGUGGAACCAUUAUACUGGAAUAUCUAAUGCGAUCGCUGAAGGUGCCAGCACAGUAUUUCAAUCCUGCAUAUCGCGCUGCAUCAGAUGGGGAACUCUUAGCGCCAUCAGAGGCCUUCCAGACGUGUACCAUAGGGAAUGGCUUCGACGAAGAGGAAUGGCGAAGGACGAUCAAAGAGGAGGACUCUGAGAUUCGCUUCAACUCCACUGACCCGUGUAUCGUUGGCUUCGACAAGGACACGAGAAUGAUAGACUUCGCCCGGUACAAUCUAGAGCCUCUCAUCGGCUUCUGUGGCAUGGCCCAAGUCCCUUUGCAAGCCUUCGACUGGACUAAGCUUUCUCGUCUUUACGGCGGUGCGCCAGUCACGAUGAUAACGAACCCUCCUUUCGGUCUCCGCUUGAGCCGCAGUGAGACUCUGAUACACUCCAUGAAGGAAUUCCUGCAUGCUAACGGGUCCGAUGGAGUGAUUGCUGUUGCUUCUGCAGAAGAUGUGAAGGCCCUAGGCUGUGACCUCAAUGGUCCCGAUGUGGUUAGAGUGAAAGUUGCUAAUGUGAAUACAUGGUUAUGUCGUGUUAUUUCUGAUCCAGUUUCUGUAUGGGUUUUAACUGUUGCUUUCCUCGAGUUUUAA